AUGUGCCAUGGCGCUGGAGGUGGAGCCAGCUGCCAUAAUUGGCUCAAGAGGACAGAGAAUCCAAAGAAGACGGAGGCGGCGAGGAAAAUGAGGCUUUUCCAGCUCCUCAUUUCUCGCGCAGAGGCAGUGGCUUGUCUCUACAAGUCGUAUGCCUCUGCGUUGCUCUCAGAGCUUUGAGCUAGUGUUUUACUCUUUGGCUCGUCGUUCCACCAUGUGGGCAAGGCUUCCUCCAACAUUGUCCGUUACGUUCAUCAUUGCUCUCAAAGCUGAAUAUGUCCAUAGCCGCUCGGGUGGGUUGGGAUUGUUUUACCAACGAUGAACAUAAUGGAAAUGUUGGAGGAAGCCUUGCACCUGGUGUAAGAAAAUUGUCCUCACAUUGGGUACGGUCAUUUCUUGGCCAACCCAACAUGAUUAGAAAGCCUCCGAGGAAGAUAAUCCGUGCACGUAGCAGACCUAGGGAUGGCCCUAGGUUUACCACAAGGGACCCAGUGACAAAGCCUGAUUCACAGCCUGGCCAACCGUACGAUGGUUGCAAUGAAAGAAAGCCAGAGGGCAUUGAACUCUGUUUUGCAAAUUAUUCACGCUUCACCGAAGGCUUUAGUCCUAGUUGAGCAGGAUUCAAGCAAUAAAGGGCAUUUCUUUUUGGGGAGAUUUCUGGAGGUUGCAAUAUUUGACUCACUGGACGCAAUGCUGCCUAAAAUAUAUGACACCAAGUGCUCGAAAAUCGAACAGUUUUUCAUUUUUUCCAACUCAAUGCGGUCAAGUGACUCCACUUGCCAAUGUAUAGUUCCGCACAUGCUUAUGAUGGGUAAAGCAAGUCAAGUGGGUGAGCAAUUUUGUUUUUGA